AAAUGCCACUUUCUAUCCCAAAAAGUACAUUCAUUUUUAGCACUGAAUAAGUCAGUGAAUAUGGCAGAUUGUAGAACUCACAGCAAGGAGGAAGAUGGGGAAAUUAUUUGUUCUAGCCUGCAAGAAUGGCAAUUACAAAGGUUUCGAUACAUUACUGGUCUAAAGGAACUUGCCCAAGCUCUGGAAAACAUAGCAGCGGUAGGCUCCAAGCUCCCAAAGGCAAAACCACUCUGUGGACUGAGCCCACCUUUAUCUGUACCUCAUUCAGGACCAAACAGUCUCUUUCACCAGGCAUCAGUUUAGGACAGAAAUAGCUUCAUUAGAAUUAGGUGGGAAAGAGUCUGACCCUAAAACCCUGGACAGUCUUUCCCAGAAGUUUCAUGGAGACAUUGAAUAGCAGGGGGAGCAGAACUGAAACCUGAGGGGACCCCAAAGGCCAGCAGCCAAGAAGUCAAACAGGAGUCCCCCAACACCUCUUUAGGGGUUCCCCCUCUGGGAAGGAACAAAACUGCUGUAAAACAGUGCCUCUAAGUCCCAUCCUGGCAAGGCAGGCUAGAAGGAUGCCACAGACGGUGGUAUUGAGGGCUGCUAAGAGGUCCAGCAGAACCAACAGACCCACACUCCCCUGGUCCAGUUCCCAGCAUAGGACAUCCACCAAAGUGACCAAAGCUGUCUUCCUCCCAUAACUGGGCCUGAAGCCAGAUUGAAAUGGAUCCAGAUAGUCCAUCUCCUCCAGACACCUCUGGAGCUGGGAGGCCACCAUGGGCUCUAAUACCUUGCCCUAAAAAGAGGAUAUCUGAGACCAGUCAAUAAUUGUCCCGUAGAAUGGGGUCCAGGUAGAGCUCUUUAAAUGUGAAAUGAGGCUGUGAGAGUAGGAGCCCAAGGGCAGGAGGAGGGGAGAGCAUGGCUUCAGGUUCCCAGGCAGUGCUCUCUCUAACCGAAGGCCAUUGAUUUUACAGGAAAACAUGUUUACAGACAGUGCCAUGAUCGACCUAACUAGUUGACUUCUGACUCCUUAAGUAAGAGCUACCUUUUCCUAAUGACUGACUGGUGGAGGAAGAGGAAUUAGCACUGGAUGCGGAGGUCCAAGCCGUACUGGGGGCCAUGAACGCUCCAUGCAGGCCAUGCCAUGGAAGGCUGUGACUCGCCGGUCAUCUUGGGGAAGGACAAUGGGUGUGCUCUCUCUCAGCACCAGCAAUGGAGUGAAGUCGGUGGCCUGCACCUCCCCAGCACAGCCGCUAACAUGGAGCCCUCUGCGGUGGAGAACCACGGGGCCCUAGACAGCCGGCGGGCUUCUUUCCGAGAGUCCUCCCCAGAAAGGGCCGCCAGCGCUGAGCCAGCCAGCAAGGAGGUCGGCUGCAACGAGUGCUUGGCCUCCUUCGCCAGCUUGCAGAGCUACAUGGAGCACCACUGCCCUGGCGCCCAGCCCCUCAUCCCACUGCAGGUGCACUGCGAGAGCGAGACUGGCGAGGAAGGAGAAGACGAGAGCGACGUGGAGAACCUGGCUGGGGAGAUUGUCUACCAGCCGGACGGUUCAGCAUACAUUGUCGAAAGCCUCAGCCAGCUGGUCCAGAGUGGGGGCUCCUGUGGGGCUGGCACCGGCACCAGCGGUGGGACGCUGCCCUCCCUUUUUAUGAACUCUCUCCCCGGCGCGGGAAGCAAGCCAGGCGAAGCCGCCGCCACUACGCCCGUCUACCCACAGAUCAUCAACACUUUCCACAUAGCCUCAUCCUUUGGGAAGUGGUUUGAGGGCUCAGACCAUGCCUUCCCAAAUACCUCAGCCCUGGCAGGGGUCAGCCCUGUCCUGCACAGCUUCCGCGUUUUUGAUGUGCGCCACAAAAGCAACAAGGAUUACCUGAACAGCGACGGUUCUGCCAAAAGCUCCUGUGUAUCCAAAGAUGUUCCCAACAAUGUGGACCUGUCCAAAUUCGAUAGUUUUGUGCUGUAUGGGAAGCGGAAGCCCAUCCUGAUGUGUUUCUUGUGCAAACUCUCCUUUGGGUACGUCCGUUCGUUCGUGACCCACGCGGUGCACGACCACCGAAUGACUCUGAGUGAGGAGGAGCGGAAAAUUCUUAGCAAUAAGAACAUCUCCGCACUCAUUCAAGGGAUAGGCAAAGACAAAGAACCCCUUGUAAGCUUUCUGGAACCAAAAACCAAAAACUUUCCACGCCCUUUAGUCUCCACCGCUAACCUCAUAGGCCCUGGACACAGUUUCUAUGGCAAGUUCAGUGGGAUCCGUGUGGAAGGGGAGGAGGGUGCCCAGAUGGGGGCUGCCGGUGGAGUCGAAGCACCGCAGCCAGGCCUCUUGAACCUCGGAGGGCUAACCAGUUCAGCUUUGAAGACACCAAUUACCUCAGUGCCCCUGGGCCCACUGGUUUCGAGCCCCCCUGGCUCUUCGGAAGGGAAGGACCCUGGCGGGGUAGUAGUAGUAGUAGAGCAUGAGAAGCAAGACCUUGUUGACCAGGACAGCCUCUCAGAGAAAGCAGAGCCAGCUGGGGAGGAGAUGGACAUGGAUGAGGAGGAGAUGGAGGAGGAGGAGGAGGAAGAGGAGGAGGAGGAGGAUGGGGAUGGGGAGGAGGAGGAGGAUGGGGAGGAGGAGGAGAUGGAGGAGGAGGAAGAGGAGGAGGAGGAAGAGGAAGGGUGCAAAGGGCUGUUUGCAAGCGAGCUGGAGGACGACCUGGAGGAGAGGCCUCCCGAAGAGUCUGGGUCUGUUUCAGGCGGUGGCUGCAGCCCAAAGGACCUUGCUCUCUCAAACCAAAGCAUUUCUCCCUUAAUGCCUAACGUGCUUCAGACGAUGUCCCGGGGCACAGCUUCUUCUAGUUCUAAUUCUGCUUCUUCCUUUGUCUUUGAUGGUACAAACAGGAGGAAUUGUUUAAGCUUUAACAGUGAAGGCAGUGAGGGCAGCCGGAGGCUGGACUUCAGCGAAGAAAGUGCCAAUAAAGACAAUGCUUCACUAACAGAACCAAAUGAGAGCCUCGAGGGCGAGGACGGGGUCUGUACGGCCCAUCACCAGCACUUGGGGCCCCUCUGUGAGCUGGCGGGUGGGGAGUGCCCCUCGGGGAGUGGCGUGGAGUGCCCCAAGUGCGACACCGUCCUUGGCUCCUCGCGCUCGCUUGGCGGCCACAUGACCAUGAUGCACUCACGGAACUCAUGCAAGACGCUCAAGUGCCCCAAGUGCAACUGGCACUACAAGUACCAGCAGACGCUGGAGGCCCAUAUGAAGGAGAAGCACCCAGAGCCCGGGGGCACCUGCAGCUACUGCAAAAGCGGGCAGCCUCACCCGCGGCUCGCACGGGGUGAGAGCUACACCUGUGGUUACAAGCCUUUCCGCUGCGAGGUUUGUAACUACUCCACUACUACCAAAGGCAACCUCAGUAUUCAUAUGCAGUCUGACAAGCAUCUCAACAACAUGCAAAACCUGCAAAACGGGGGUGGGGAGCAAGUUUUCAGCCACAAUGCUGGAGCUGCCGCCGCAGCUGCCGCCGCCGCUGCUGCCGCUGCCGCAGCUGCAGCAGCAAAUAUUGGGAGCAGCUGUGGGACCCCCUCCCCCACCAAACCAAAAAGCAAACCUACCUGGCGGUGUGAGGUGUGUGACUAUGAGACCAAUGUUGCCAGGAACCUCCGCAUCCACAUGACCAGUGAGAAGCACAUGCACAACAUGAUGCUGCUUCAGCAGAACAUGAGCCAAAUGCAGCACAACCGCCACCUGGGCCUAGGCAGCCUCCCUGCCGAGGCAGAGCUGUACCAGUACUACCUGGCACAGAACAUGGCCCUGCCCAACCUGAAGAUGGACAGCACGGCCUCCGAGGGGCCCUUCUUGAUGGGCGGCUUCCAACUGGAUCCCAGCAACGCCAUUGCCUCCCUGGCCCCGUCUCUGGUGGGAGGAGAGAUCCCCCUGGACAUGCGUCUCGGGGGUGGGCAGCUGGUGUCUGAGGAGCUCAUGAACCUGGGGGAGACCUUCACACAGACCAACGACCCCUCACUGAAGCUCUUCCAGUGCGCUGUGUGCAACAGGUUCACCACAGACAAUUUGGACCUGCUGGGGCUGCACAUGAACAUGGAGCGCAGCCUACCAGAGGACGAGUGGAAGGCCGUCAUGGGGGAUUCUUACCAGUGCAGGUUGUGCCGCUACAACACGCAGCUCAAGGCCAACUUCCAGCUCCACUGCAAGACGGACAAACAUGUGCAGAAGUUCCAGCUGGUGGCACACAUCAAGGAGGGGGGCAAGGCCAACGAGUGGAGGCUCAAGUGCGUGGCCAUUGGGAACCCGGUGCACCUGAAGUGCAAUGCCUGUGACUAUUACACCAACAGCCUGGAGAAGCUGCGGCUGCACACUGUGAACUCCAGGCAUGAGGCCAGCCUGAAGCUCUACAAGCACCUUCAGCAUCACGAGAGCGGCAUCGAGGGUGAAAGCUGCUACUACCACUGCGCCCUCUGCAACUAUUCCACCAAGGCCAAGCUGAACCUCAUCCAACACGUGCGCUCUAUGAAACACCAGCGGAGCGAGAGCCUGCGCAAGUUGCAGCGCAUGCAGAAGGGGCUCCCGGAGGAAGAGGAAGACCUGGGCCAGAUCUUCACCAUCCAGAAGUGCCCGGCACCCGACGCUGAGGAGUUAAUCGAAGAUGCCGAAGGACCCAGUGAGGCAGCCGCGGACCCCGAAGAGCCUGCGAAAGACCCUGAGAGCGCACUGGACAAGGACCAGCUCAAAUGGACAGCACAAGCGACGCAGGCUGAGAAGGAGCUGACAGAGGCCCCGGCAUCUUCCAAACACAUUCCAUUUCCAAGGAGCUCUGAGUCUCCUGUUACCAAAUGGCCCAAAACAUCAGACGAGACAAAACUGGAGCAGAUGUAUCAGUGCCCAUACUGCAAGUACUGCAACACAGACGUGAACCGGCUGAGGGUGCAUGCCAUGACGCAGCACUCCGUCCAGCCCAUGCUUCGGUGCCCGCUAUGCCAGGACAUGCUCAGCAACAAAAUCCACCUGCAGCUGCACCUCACCCACUUGCACAGUGUGUCCCCUGACUGCGUUGAGAAGCUCAUUUUAACGGUGACAACUCCAGAGGUCAUGAUGCCCAGCAGUAUGUUCAUCCCGGCUGCAACGCCAGAUCAAGAUGGGAAUGCCAGCACGGAUGAGGCUGCCAAGCUAUCUGAGACCUCCGAGGAACUGGGGAAAGGCUUGCUGCUGCCGCCGCCACCACCAUCUGAACAGCUGGAGCGAUUGGGAGAAGCAAAGCCACCAGACCAGCCCUCCGCCAGAGAAGACGCGGGCUUUCUCUGCUGGAAAAAGGGCUGCAGCCAGGCAUUCAAAAGCUCCACUUCCCUCCAGGCCCAUUUCAAUGAAGCACACACCAAGCGGCCCCAGCUGCCUGUCUCUGACCGGCACGUCUAUAAGUACCGCUGCAACCAGUGCAGCCUGGCCUUCAAAACCAUAGAGAAGCUCCAGCUGCACUCCCAGUACCAUGUCAUCCGUGCCGCCACCAUGUGCUGUCUUUGCCAGCGCAGCUUUCGCACUUUCCAGGCCCUCAAGAAGCACCUUGAGACCAGCCACCUGGAGCUGAGUGAAGGGGACAUCCAGCAGCUGUACAGCGGGCUCUUGGUCAAUGGAGACCUCCUGGCCAUGGGCGAUCCGUCACUGGCCGAAGAGCACACCCUGCUUGGCGAAGAGGACAGAGAGGAGGAGAGCGACCCAGAGGACAAGCAGAGCCCCACUGGGAGUGAUGCUGGCUCUGUGCAGGAGGACUCUGGCUCAGAGCCAAAACGGGCUCUCCCCUUCCGGAAGGGGCCAAACUUCACCCUGGAGAAAUUCUUGGACCCGUCCCGCCCAUACAAGUGCACCGUCUGCAAAGAAUCCUUCACACAGAAAAACAUCCUUCUGGUCCACUACAACUCUGUCUCACACCUGCACAAGCUGAAACGAGCCCUCCAGGAGUCCAGCACCGGCCACCCGGAGCCCACCAGCAGCCCUGACAACAAGCCCUUCAAGUGCAGCACCUGCAGUGUGGCCUAUAGCCAGAGCUCCACCCUGGAGAUCCACAUGCGCUCUGUCCUCCACCAGACCAAAGCGCGAGCGGCCAAGCUGGAAGCAGUGGGGGGAGGCCCCACACCUGCAGCUGCUAGAGGCAGUUGUGGCAGCAGCGGCAGUGGCGUCCCCCUGGCCUCCUCCACACCCAGCCCAGUGACCACAAGCUCCGCAUCCACCAUCCCUGCUGUUGCCCCAACUUCUUUCACCACGACCUGCACAAGCAGCACCAGUGCAGCCCCUGUCCCAAGCCUGCUUGGCCAGAUCUCAUGUGACAGCACAGGGAUCCCUCUGCUCAGCACCCCUCUCAGUGCCAGCACCGCCUCUGUGGCCACUUCUGGCUCAUCGACGGAGCCCAAAGAGACCAACCGGAAGAAACUGGCCGACAUGAUUGCAUCCCGGCAGCAGCAGCAGCAGCAGCAGCAAGUGCACACCUUGGCGCAGGCCCAGGCCCACGUUCAGGCACAGCUCCAGCAAGAACUGCAGCAGCAGGCUGCCCUUCUGCAGUCCCAGCUCUUCAACCCAACCCUUUUGCCCCACUUCCCAAUGACCACUGAGACCCUCCUCCAGCUCCAGCAGCAGCAGCAGCAGCAGCAGCAGCAGCUCCUGUUCCCCUUCUAUAUUCCAAGUGCAGAGUUCCAGCUGAACACAGAUGUGAGUUUGCCUGUGACCAGUGGGACCCUCACACUGACCGGGACCGGGCCCAACCUGCUGGAUGACUUGAAGGUGCAGCUGCCCCAGCCCAGCCACACACAGAUGCUGCUGCAGCAUCAACAGCAGCAGCAGCAGCAGCAGCAUCCCCCUCCGCAACCUCACUGCAUCCUCCAGCAGAGCCAGCACCUGGAGAAGAAGAGCAAAGCCCUUGGGAAGGAAAAGGAGGGGCAGAGGGAAAGUGGAGAGAGAGGGGAUUGCAGCCCCGCCACAAAGGAGCUUCCCCCCAACACCUGCCUGAAGCCCAAAGACAAGCCGGAGGCAGCGGCAACGGCAAGCACAGUGGCAAUGGUGGGCCCAUCAGAACCUUCCCUGCUUCCUCCCCGCAUUGCAUCAGAUGCACGUGGGAAUGCCACAAAGGCCUUGCUGGAGAAUUUUGGGUUUGAGCUGGUCAUCCAGUACAACGAGAACAAGCAGAAGGUGCAGAAGAAGGCAGGGAAAACAGAACAGGGAGACAGCUUGGAGAAGCUGGAAUGUGACUCCUGUGGCAAGUUCUUCUCCAACAUCCUCAUCCUGAAGAGCCACCAAGAGCAUGUCCACCAGCAUUACUUCCCUUUCAAGCAGCUGGAGAGGUUUGCCAAGCAGUACCGGGAGCAGUACGACCAACUCUAUCCACUGCGGCCGCAGACGCCAGAGCCGCCACCGCCGCCACCGCCACCGCCACCACCCCCGCCGCUGCCUGCCGCACCCCCCCAGCAGCCCUCCACGCCCACCAUCCCAGUUUCAGCUCCACCCAUCACCUCUCCCACCAUUGCGCCAGCGCAGCCGUCCCUGCCCCUCACUCAGCUUUCCAUGCCCAUGGAACUGCCCAUCUUCUCCCCACUGAUGAUGCAGACCAUGCCUCUGCAGACCCUGCCAGCACAGCUGCCACCACAGCUGGGUCCUGUUGACUCUUUGCCUGCAGACCUGGCCCAGCUGUACCAGCACCAGCUCAACCCGGGCCUCUUGCAGCAGCAGCAACAACAACAACAGAACAAGAGGCCCCGGACGCGCAUCACUGACGACCAGCUCCGGGUCUUGAGGCAGUACUUCGACAUCAACAAUUCUCCAAGUGAGGAGCAGAUCAAGGAGAUGGCGGAUAAGUCUGGCCUACCCCAGAAGGUGAUCAAGCACUGGUUUCGGAACACUCUCUUCAAAGAACGCCAGCGCAACAAGGACUCCCCGUAUAACUUCAGCAACCCUCCCAUCACCAGCCUGGAGGACCUGAAGGUAGAUUCGCGGCCUCCCUCCCCAGAACCUCAAAAGCAUGAGUACUGGGGGAGCAAGAGGUCCUCUCGCACCCGUUUCACGGACUACCAGCUUCGGGUUUUGCAGGACUUCUUUGAUGCCAACGCCUACCCGAAGGACGAUGAAUUCGAGCAGCUCUCUAACCUGCUCAACCUGCCUACCCGGGUGAUUGUGGUGUGGUUUCAGAAUGCACGGCAGAAGGCCCGGAAGAAUUACGAGAAUCAGGGAGACGGGAAAGAUGGGGAGAGGCGGGAGCUGACCAAUGACAGGUAUAUCCGAACGAGCAACCUGAAUUACCAGUGCAAGAAGUGUAGCCUCAUCUUCCAGCGCAUUUUCGACCUGAUCAAGCAUCAGAAGAAGCUGUGCUAUAAGGAUGAGGAUGAAGAGGGCCAGGAGGACAGCCAGAAUGAGGACUCUAUGGAUGCUGCAGAACUCCUGACACCCACCAGCUCUUCAUGCAGCACCCCAAUGCCUUCCCAGGCCUACAGCACCCCCACACCUUCCGGCAACGCUGCCUGCUCCUCCUCUUCCUCUUCUUCCUCCUCCACUUCCUCCUCCUCCUCCUUGGCCUUCCUCCCACAGGUCACCCCUGAGGCUGAUGAAGACUCUGCCACGUACAACUCCCAAGCAGAAGCAGCAGAUGAGAAACCAAAGCAACCUGAACCUCCAAGUACACAGCAAAACCAAACUCCAGAGAAGCAAACGCAACCAAAGCAGGAGGUGCAGCAGCAAGACCAAGGAGGGCCCAAGUCUGGCUUGGUGCACCCAAAGGCUUCCCCACCCACCUUGCAGCAGCCAGCCCAGCCUCCUCAGUGCAUCCUGCCCCAGUCCAGCCCCACCUCGCCACAGCUCUCCCACCUGCCCCCCAAGCCUUUGCACACUUCCACUCCCCAGCAGCUGGCCAACCUGCCUCCUCAGCUCAUCCCUUACCAGUGUGACCAGUGCAAGCUGGCCUUCCCUUCCUUCGAGCAUUGGCAAGAGCACCAGCAGCUCCACUUCUUGAGUGCCCAGAACCAGUUCAUCCACCCCCAGUUCCUGGACAGGACACUUGAGAUGCCCUUCAUGCUCUUUGACCCCAGCAACCCCCUCCUGGCCAGCCAGCUGCUCUCUGGGACCCUUCCCCAGCUGCCUUUGAGCUCUGCCACGUCGCCCUCCACGCCCAGCUCCACCGUCAGCACCCUGAAGAGAAAGCUGGAGGAGAAGGCCAGCGCCAGCCCUGGGGAAAAUGACAGCAGCACCGGCGGGGAGGAGCCCCAGAGGGACAAGCGUCUUCGGACCACCAUCACCCCUGAGCAGCUGGAGGUCCUCUACCAGAAGUACCUGCUCGACUCCAACCCCACUCGGAAGAUGCUGGACCACAUCGCUCACGAGGUGGGCUUGAAGAAGCGCGUGGUGCAGGUCUGGUUCCAGAACACCCGGGCCCGAGAACGGAAGGGCCAGUUCAGGGCAGUGGGCCCUGCCCAAGCUCACCGGCGGUGCCCCUUCUGCCGGGCACUCUUCAAAGCCAAAACAGCCCUGGAAGCGCACAUCCGCUCCCGGCACUGGCACGAAGCCAAGCGGGCUGGGUACAAUUUGACCUUGUCUGCCAUGCUCUUAGAUUGCGAUGGAGGGCUCCAGGUGAAGGGAGACCUCUUUGACGGGGCUGGCUUUUCCCACCUGCCAAUUCCUGGUGGCAGCAGUGAUUGCCAAGGCAUCCCCCUCUCCCCCAUGGGCAAGUCCCUGGAGCUCUCCCCUCGGGCCCUGCUGAGCCCAUCCUCCAUCAAGGUUGAAGGGAUGGAGGACUUUGAGAACCCCUCCAUGUCCUCUGUCCACCUGAGCUUUGACCCAGGCAAGCUGGACAACGAUGACUGCUCCUCCGUCAACACAGCCAUCACAGACACCACCACGGGCGAUGAGGGCAACGCAGACAAUGACAGCGCCAACGGGUUUUCCACAGAAGCCAAAUGUGGAUCGGGACCGAGUGAAGGUCUGACCAAGGCCGCCAUGAUCGCCAUGUCAGAGUAUGAGGACAGGCUGUCUUCUGGCCUGGUCAGCCCAGCGCCCAGCUACUAUAGCAAGGAAUACGACAAUGAAGGGAUCGUGGACUACAGCGAGACCUCCAGUCUGGCAGACCCCUGUUCGCCCAGCCCUGGCACGAGCGGCUCGGCUAGUAAGUCUGGAGAGAGCGGGGAUCGGCCAGGGCAGAAGCGCUUCCGCACACAGAUGACAAAUCUCCAGCUGAAGCUGCUAAAGUCUUGCUUCAAUGACUACCGGACACCCACCAUGCUGGAGUGCGAGGUCCUGGGCAACGACAUUGGGCUGCCCAAGAGAGUCGUUCAGGUUUGGUUCCAAAACGCUCGUGCCAAGGAAAAGAAGGCCAAGCUCAGCAUGGCCAAGCACUUCGGCAUUAACCAGGCGAGUUACGAGGGACCCAAAACGGAAUGCACUUUGUGUGGCAUCAAGUACAGCGCCCGCCUGUCUGUGCGGGACCACAUCUUCUCUCAGCAGCACAUUUCAAAAGUGAAGGACACCAUUGGUAGCCAGCUGGACAAAGAGAAAGAGUACUUUGACCCGGCUACGGUCCGGCAGCUGAUGGCGCAGCAGGAGCUGGACCGGAUCAAGAAGGCCAAUGAAGUCCUUGGCCUGGCGACCCAGCAGCAAGGCCUGUUUGACAGCCCCCCUCUUCAGACGCUGAACCUCUCGGCCACCUACCCAGCGACGCUUCAGGGCAUCCCGCCUGUCCUUCUGCCUGGCCUCAACAGCCCCUCCUUGCCCGGCUUCACUCCCUCAAACACAGCUUUAACGUCUCCCAAGCCCAGCCUGAUGGCUCUCCCUGGCACAAGCGUCCCCUCUCCUGGGCUUCCCACAUCUGGAUUACCAAAUAAACAGCCCUCGGCCUCACUGAGUUCCCACACCCCAGCAGAAGCCCUGGCAGCGGCAGCCCCCCAGCCCCCGUCUGCCCCCCGAAAGGACAAGGAAAGCGAGAAGGCGAAAGAGAAGGACAGAGCCUCCAAGGGCAAGGGGGAGCCCCCUCCAGCCCCCAAGAAGGACAAAGCAGAGGCUCCUGUCCUGGCCCCUGCCCUCUCUGCUGCCAUGCUGCCCACCGUGGAGUACUCUGUGGAGCCCAGCCAGCUCCAGGCUUUGCAAGCAGCAUUGAAUUCGGACCCCACAGCUUUGCUGACGAGCCAGUUCCUCCCCUACUUCGUCCCGGGCUUCUCCCCCUACUAUGCCCCUCAGAUCCCGGGGGCACUGCAGAGCGGGUACCUCCAGCCCAUGUAUGGCAUGGAAGGGCUGUUCCCCUACAGUCCAGCUCUGUCGCAGGCCCUGCUUGGCUUGUCCCCAGGCUCCCUCUUGCAGCAGUACCAGCAAUAUCAGCAGAGCCUGCAGGAAGCCUUGCAGCAGCAGCAGAGGCAAGCGCAGCAGCAGCAGCAGCAGCCACCAUCGCAGCCACCGCCGCAGCCGUUGCAGCAGCAAAAAUUGCUCCAGCAGCCCCCGCAGCCCAAAGGAAGCCAAACCCCCACCCCCUCUGGGGCUGCUACCCCAGAAAAAAAUCCUGCCAAAGAACCCCCCAAACAGGAAGAGCAGAAAAACGCACCCCCUGAGGCACCCCCCCACCUGCCCAAGCCCCCAGAAGAGCCUGAGGCAGAAAGCAACGGGGCCGCGGACUCCCUCUGCGACCCCUUCAUUGUCCCAAAGGUGCAGUACCGGCUGGUCUGCCGGAAAUGCCAGGCAGGCUUUGGCAGCCAGGAGGCGGCCAGCGACCACCUGAAGUCCCUCUGCUACUUCGGCCAGUCCGUGGCGAAUCUGCAAGAGAUGGUGCUUCAUGUGCUUGCCGGCGGCAGUGGCAACAGCAGCUCGUUCCAGUGCGUGGCGUGCGAGAGCACGGUGUGCGGGGAAGAAGCCCUCCGGCAGCAUCUCGAGUCUGCCCCGCACAAACAUCGAACAAUCCCAAGAGCAGCAAGAAACGCCAAAGAGCACCCCAGUCUAUUACCUCACUCCGCCUGCCUCCCCCAACCUAGCACCACAUCUACCUCGCAGCCUGCCGCUCACUCAAACGACAGCCCCUCUUCACCCCCUUCCUCCCCCUCCUCCACAGCAGCAACAUCCCCCCACGCCUCCAGGAAGCCCUGGCCCCAAGCGGCCGCCCAGGGGUCCGCCCCAGGGAAGCCCCCUCUGCCGCCGCCGCCUCCUCCUCCUCCUCCUCUCUCCUCAUCUUCAACGGUUACCUCAAGUUCAUGCAGCACCUCAGGGGUUCAGCCCUCGAUGCCAACAGAUGACUAUUUGGAGGAGUCUGACUCGGAUCUUAGCCAAAAGUCGGACCGACCGGCCAGCCUGGCCACAGAGACGCCUGACCAGCCGAACUGCCCCAAGGACAGUGGUCUCGGUGCUGGCGUGGAAAUGGACACCUUUAGAUUGUAAGCUUUGAAGAUGAACAAUUUAAAAAAAGAAAUGAAUUUUAAAAAAAAUAUUAACAAACCAAUUUCAGAAACAGACUAACUGCAAUUCCAAAGCUUCUAACCAAAAAAGAAAAAUAGAAAGGAAGAGAGGAGUGUGGGCUGUUUUCCCAUAGAACGAUGCCGGCAGACGUUUCUUUUUGCAUUUUGGCUGAUGGGAGGUAGACUGGAUCGACCCCAAAGGCACGCGCCCCUCUGGCCUCUCCAGUGUCUGUCUGUCCGUCCGUCCGUCUGUCCGUCAGUCUGUCUGUAUGUGGAGCUCCAGACCCCCUCCUUCAGUAAUAACGCCCCCCACCCGAACCCCAAGAGCACAGCAGAGGCCGGCAUAACUGUAUGGGAAUGCAGACCACUGCUCACAGUUUUAAAUGUCUUGCUGUCUUAGCAUUCAGAACCAAUGGCUUGAUAAAAGGAAAGAAAGAAAGAAAGAAAUGUAACGUCUUUUUAUUCUCAGGUCAAUCGCUCACACUUUGUUCGGUUUUCAGAAUCAUUGUUUUAUAUAAAUAUAUAUAUAGAUAUAUAGAUAUAUAAUUUCUUUUUCGGUUUUUAAUUUUUUUUCCCAAAAAGAAAAGGAUUUUUUUUGGUUGUUAAUUUAAAAACGGGCAGAAAGUCUUCAUAAGAGAAACAAUGUGAACUGAGUUCAUUUUCUGGGGAUCUGAAGGGUAGCUUUUCUGCUGAAGCCAAUUUCGAGGGGAAAGUUCAGCACUCGACUUUUCAGAGGAAGGAAAAGCAACAGCAAAAGAGUGUCAUGGACUUGGAGCUCAAAAUGCGUUUUAAAAAACAACUGACUUUCUGUAUUUAUGAUAGAUAUGGCCAUUUUUGGUGUUGAGUAGAUUGUUGCAUUGGAUAUGAACUGAAGCAGUCUGGUAGAUUUAAAAAGAGAAGAAGAAGAAGAAGAAGAAGAAGAAGAACCCCUUUGUGUACAUUUAGCUUUUGUAUGGUCCGGCUGACGGCUUCUCAUUUGAUGUUGUCUUGUCCAUUCCUAGCCAGGUAGGUCCCGACCCACCGAAGAAGCAGCCGCUUCCCGCUUUGUACCUUGGCCCUUCCGCCAUCCCUACUCUUCCACUUCCUUCGGCCGCCGCCGCCUUCAUUUCUUGGAGGGCGGCUGCAGAAUUAUUUUGUAAAAACUAAAGGGGUUUCCAAGGGGUCAGUAGCAUCCCUUGCAGAAUAUUUUUGUUGGGGUUUGAAACUUUUUAAGGUGUAUACAUGUCUGUUACCCUUGUGCACUUAACUCUGUCUUCUUCUCCUCCUCCUCCUCCUCCUUUUGUUCUUCUUCUUUAACUUCCUUUCCUCGUUUUUUAAAAAAUGCUUCAGAAGACACCGUUUUGGAAAUGUCGGCCUUCGUUUGGGUCACUUUCCCAAGGACUUUUUCCCUCACGUAUCCUGUGCUUGUUGCCCGCAAAGGGGGGCUUUGUUGUUUUCCCUGUUUUGUUUUUCUUUCCUCAAAAGAGAUUCAUGCUUUAAAUAAAAUCCAAAGACAACCCUUUUCACCGCUGGUGCAGAAUGAGCAAGAAGGAUUCUUUUGACUCCAGGGUUUCUUUCUGUGUUCAGCCACAGUUCCACAAACCAAAGAGGCGUCCUCUCAGGCGGGCGUCUCACAGGUCUGGGCCCGGGUGCAAGCGGGAGACGAGGGAGCAAAAAGCAUGGCAUGGCAUGGCAUGGCAUGGCAUGGGGGGGUCUGGUGGGUCCCCCCUUUCUCCUCCUGCCCCACACCCUUCCUUCCAUCUGCUUCCCCUUUGUGGCAUCUUCUCUCCGGACGUUGGAAGGAUAACUUUGUGCUGCUACCAGGUAGAUUUGGGGGCUGGGGGGCAGUGGGGCUGCCUUGCCACUUUCUGGCCCAGAAGCCCAGCUGCCCUUGCCUCCCACCCUCCGUUUGCAUGCUUCAAAAGGGAACAUAGACUGUGAAUGCAGGGAGGGGGCUGCCCCUCAUUGCCCCUUUCUGCCCUGGCCAUCCCCUGACCGUGUCCUGGCACCUUCGGGGGUCUGACCAAGGGCUGCCCCUUCUUCUCCGGCCCCGGACUUCUCCUUCCACCCCUUCUUGGCUCGGGUGCUCAGCCUUCAGCUGUGGUGCACAUUUCUGGCCGGAGGGGAGGCAGUGGGCAAUGCCCUCCUCCUUCCCCCGGACCCGGACCCCCGGGUUGCAUGGACACAUGGUUGGCGCACAGCGGCCAGCCUCCCGCCGUCACAUAUGUUUGUGGUUGUUGUUGUCGGAAGCAGGCGCAAGCCUUGGGCUCAGACAUUGCCGCCUCCCUUUUAACAAAGAUCCUUGUAUUUCUCCCUUGCUUGAGAUGAACAUUUUUUAAAUUUUAAAGGUGUACAGUUUUUUGAGUUUCCAUUAUUUUAACUUGUUUGUAAUUCUAUGAAAAAAAUAUAUAGAUAUAUAUAUAUUUUUUGCCAUUUAACUGUUGUAUGUUACUCUGUACCAUAUAGAAGUUCUGUUUUGUUUUGUUUUUGGUUCCCUGUGUGGUAUCAGUUGCCAGUUUAACACUAGCUUUACCUGCCAGGUUUGGUGGUCUGCUUUGAAAUCAUUCUGUUUCCAAAUCCCCCCCCCCUCAAAUCACUUAAUGCCACACACGGCCCCCUCCCUCCCUCCCUCCCUCCCUCCCACGUGUGUUUCACUGCAUUUCCCAAUAUCCCCAGGGCGAAGGAUGGAGGGGUCUGCCAGGAGAGGGACCUCUGCUCUGGAAGGGCCUAAGGGGGCCGCCUGAUGGGCAACCUCCCAUUUGCCCUCUGCCACUGCCCUCCCUGGCCACUCCAUUGACCCUCAGCCCUGCACCAGGACAGACUCAGGCCUCCCUCCAUUUUGGGGGGCAGGAGGGUCCUCCAUGGCUGCCCCUCCAGGUACCACACCCCUGGCCUCCAUCCCCCUCUUUCCCCAGGAUCCCACCUUGGUCCCUGAGAUGCUGGGCUCCAAGGGGAGGAAAGGAGGGUCGGGGGGAGCGCUGGCAGAGAAUGGGGUGAGGGAUCCCCAUGUGGGUUGGCAUAGUUGGCUCUCUUACCGCAGAAGCAGGACUGCUGGUGGCCGGUCGGUCGGGUGGACGGCACGGACCCUCCUGUCCACUGUGAGACUCAAAAUGUUAGUGACUCUUUUUCAUCUGUUCAAUUUGGGGGGAGGCAGCUGGUGGGGGGCCUGACAAGUCUUGAUAAAACGGAAGGCAUACAUGAGGUGAAGAGGUAUAUGAACAGCCUUUGCAAUGUACAAAAACUAGAGCAAGUGAAACCAAAAAUGAUGUUCUUGAUGUUUUUUCUAUAAUGUAGUCUUGUUAGCUUUUUUGUUACUGUAACAAUGCUGAUCUCGAACUGUACCAAAACUCUUGGAGAUGGACAAACAACAAAACAAAAAACACCACACGGAACUCUAAACAACAAGAAAAGAUUUUGUCACAAAACACUUUGUUGUCAUAGUUAAGUUGAUUGUAGAUGGUAAUUGAAUAUACUCCUUUGAAAAUA